AUGGCCUCCACAACGGAAACACCUCUUGUCGGCGUCGCCGCUGCACUAAAGGCGGCCUCCGACCCAUCCUUUGCUCCCAAAAAGACUCUUUUCGAUGAAUUCUCACUCGAGGGUCGUGUAGCCAUCGUGACCGGAGGUAAUAGAGGUCUUGGUUUGGAGAUGGCUUUGGCUUUGUGUGAGGCUGGUGCUACUGUUUACGCGCUUGAUCUCCCACAGUCCCCAGGAGAUGAUUUUGUCGCUACCGCAGAAUACGCAAAGAAACUUGGAUCUACGUUGAAGUACGUAUCGGUCAACGUCACUGACCAACAAAGUGUGUGGGACAGAGUCGCAGCAAUUGGUGACGCCGAGAAGCGCAUCGAUGUAUGCGUAGCCGCAGCCGGGGUUUUGGCAGGGUCCGAUUGUCUAGCGUACAAGGCCGACGAUUUCCAGCGUAUAAUGAAUGUUAAUGUUAAUGGUGUGCUCUACUCGGCACAAGCGGCGGGACAACAGAUGACAAAGUAUGGUAUUCCUGGAAGCAUAAUAUUGAUUGCUUCAAUGAGCGGAUCUAUCACAAACCAAGGUCACGCUUGGGUCGCAUAUAACACCAGCAAAUCGGCUGUUUUACAAAUGGCAAGGAGCAUGGCAUGCGAGCUUGGAAAACACAAAAUUCGCGUCAAUUCUCUUUCUCCAGUAUUGUUGCUUGUUUGCUUGACCCGUAAAGGCUACAUUUACACCAAAAUGACCGCCGCUUUCAUCGACAGCCAACCCGGACUUGCCGAGAAAUGGUCGAAUAUGAAUCCACUCGGUCGUAUCGGCCGACCUGAUGAGCUACGUGGAGUAGUUGCAUGGCUGGCCUCAGACGCUUCCACAUUUUGCACAGGUAGCGAUAUACUUUUGUUUAGUCAUAAACAACAUGGGGCCUCUCGACCGAUAGGCGAUAUUCAGUGGUACCCAUGUCCAGAUAUUGGCGAUCCUAAAAUCAAGUGUGGCACCAUUGUGGUUCCCCUCGACUACUUCGAUCCAAAUGUUGGAACCGCUACAAUUGCUCUGGGGAAGUACAAAGCAGAUCCCGCUAUUCGACGUGGAUCUAUUUUUCUCAACCCAGGUGGUCCAGGCGGGCCAGGUGUGAGGCUAGCUACGCAAGCUGGGCCACUUUUAGUGGCAACCAGGCUAGGUCCGUAUUACGACCUUAUUGGAUUUGACCCCAGAGGUAUUGGGCAGACAAUCCCUAAUGCGGCAUGCUUCAAAUCCAUAGCUGAAAUGGACGAGUUCUACAGAAAUACUGUUUUUGAACUCGGACAUGCUCAACCCCCGAAUACUACCGUCUCAUCGUCAAGUUCAGAUGCACUUAUUUCUCGGCAACGUGCGUUUGACGACAUUGUAGCACAGCAGCGCCAAGCUCUUGCCUUGUUCGAGACACAAGCCAAGUUGUGCACGAAAAACAUACCCAAUGGUGGAGCUGCCUUGAAUUACAUGGGCACUGCGUCAGUUGUCCGAGAUAUCGCAUUUAUGACAGACAUUCUUGAUGGGAAAGGGUCGAACAUAAACUAUUGGGGAGGAUCUUACGGCUCUAUUUUGGGAGCAACCUUAUUCAACAUGAUGGCAGAGCGUAUGGGAAAGGGAAUGAUAGAGGCAAUAGCUAAUCCUGCGGAAUGGGCAGACAAGCAUUCGCACGAGUGGAUGGAUACCUGGAUUCAAGACGCGGAUGAAGCAUACCGGUGGUUCUUGAAUUCUUGCGCGAAGGCUGGCGAGGCUAGUUGCGCACUUGCCAAAGGAAACAUCUCGGCCGACGCAAUAGAACAAAAGGUUGAAAAGUUUAUCGAUGAGUUAUAUGCAUCGCCUAUGCCAUCCAUCAACAGUAUUGUUCCUGCUUACCUUACGGCUGGGACGGUUCGUUCCAAACUUUUCGACGCCAUGGAGGCUCCACCCCGUUGGCCAGCCUUUGCCCGUGAUCUAGAGGAAGCUAUAAAAGGAAACCCAGCACCUCUCUUGAACAAAGUCCUGCCUGACCCUGCUCGUGAUCGGUUUGACCACGGUAAUAUGGCACGCUAUGCAGUAACAUGCAUCGAUUCUCUACCUUUCAAUAAGUCUGACCCAAGUACAUUCCCAACUCCUGAAUACCUCGCACAGCGUGUCGUACAGCGUGUUAAUAGCACCUCGAAAUACUUUGGUGGUAGCACAGGGUUGACUGACAUUGAUGGCGGGUGCCAAUUUUGGCCGGUAGAUGGGAUAGAGCGCUAUGCAGGCCCAUGGAAUAGGACGCUUGCCAAUCCAGUAAUGGUCAUAUCGAGUUCGGUUGAUCCGAUCACGCCAUUGGCCAGUGCGAAAUUUAUCAAUAAUCAACUGGGUGAUAUGUCCAGGCUAGUCAUUGUGAACGCCCCCGGGCAUGGAGUGCCGUUCCCAUCCCUUUGCCAAUUUAAGGCAUCCCUUGCUUACUUCAACAACGGAACUCUGCCUGAAGAUGAGACGAUAUGUGAGAUGGUUUACGGUCCUUUUGAAGAUCCGGCUAGGGUUUACUCGGAUAUUUCAAACGAAGAGCAGUCGAUGAUACAAAUGGGUGCCAAAUUUGUUGAACAGCUAUAUGUAAUGAGGAAGGGCAGAGAGUAG